AUGCCCGUCUCUCAGCACCCGGCCCUCAGCAUCGGCGCCAAUGCGUUUGCGCUCAUCGCCAUUGGAUUCGGCGUCAACGCGCUCCUUCGCCCUGCGCACGCGCUCUCUUUCUUUGAGUGGGAGCUGCCCGCUUCGCCCGCCGAAAGACGGCUCGUCGAGGGCCUGAGUUACGUGUACGGGGUCCGCGACAUCUUCUGGGGCUUUUCGUUCUACAUUGCCAACGCGUUCGGGACCCGCAAGUCGACGGGCUGGACCCUCGUGGCCGGCAGUCUGGUCGCGUUUGCCGACGGCGCGAUCUGCUAUAGCUGGGGAAAGGGAGAAUGGGGCCAUUGGUCGUAUGCGCCAAUGAUGACGGCCCUCGGGGCGGCUUUUCUGGGCCUCUUUGACUAG